AUGUUGGAUCCCGAUCUUUCUCGAGACGCCCUCGCCACCUUGAACGAAGAUGAAAGUCAACUCUUGAAAUUGCACGACAAAUCCAUCGCUAUCGAUAUCAAUCUUCUACGUACCAAGUACGAGCAUCAGCAGAAGCUGAACAACUUUGCAGCCAGAAAAGAUAUCUGGUAUGAGAGCGUUAAUCAAUUGUUCAAGAGCUUCCUUGGAUUACUUUCCGGUGGCCAGACUCUACUAAAUUCGAUGAAACUCACACAUGAUGAUAUCGAAGUAACUCUAGGAACGCAAGAUGAUGAGCACAGUAUCAACAAAGCAUGGGAAGAAAGCAUGAAAAAUAUGGCCGAGAGUCUUAUGACCGAGAAGUCUAGAAAUAUUUAUACUUACCACGAGCAAAAAAAGGAUAUCUUGAAAAGUAUCGGCAUCCUUCUUGAUACUCCAAAUUCUAUGAUCUCCACUAUCGACAAUAACAAUGAAGCUUCUACCGACCAUGCUCAGUCGCUAGUCACCGCUUUGGCCGAAAAUGCUUCUCUCAAAUUAGAAAUUGCAAAGGUCGAGUAUGAAUUAGGACGUGUUAGAAGCCUUGGGUACUACACUGGUGGUACCUCAUCACAAGAAAUCUUAACCUUGAAGCAGAAAUUGGAACAAGUUGAAGAUGAAAAGGCUGAACUCGUUUUGAGACUUUCUGCUACCGAGGAUGAACUUGAAUCGACACAGGCAUCGCUUACCGAUGCAUACACAGAGAUGGAGAGCCUGGAAUACAAGCUGAAUGGGAAGAAUCAUCCAAAUCAUGAUCUUCGUACACUUGCCGUUAAUGUCCGCCUUCGCUUUCUGAACCAAGCAACUCGACGCAACAAUCGUGGCAAUUAUACAGCAGUACGUGGUCUUAAAGCCACCGAUGUGAACGCUAUUGAGCGUGGCUCAGCUGCUGUACAUGGUGGAGAUGUCCGAACGGAUGCCUUCAUGAUUCGGAAUAACAUACACAACAAGUUCAAAGAUGGCUAUGAAUCGCUUUUCUUACGUAUUUAUGGUGUCUCUGUCGACGAGGUAUCUCAAGGAAGAGAUGGCAAGUAUCGUCUUGGCUCCAAAUUUGUCGAAAUAGCGGAUUUAAGAGGCACAAUGUCGCACUGUUUGUCGUUCUCCGAACUUUCACACGAUCAGGGAAUGGAUUAUAGGUUUGACGGUCUACGAUUUGAGUGUGAUUCUAUUUAUCAAGAAUAUCUUGGACAAUCAGGAUCGGUAGCUAAGGCACAAGAUGCAUUCAAUAAUGACCAAAUCAUCGAUGCACACCUUAUCACCAUGGGAAAUAUAGCUGAUCACAUUGUUGGCCUAAAGAAGCAAAGACUCAGAGGCGAGUAA